AGUAUCCCUCCAUUACCAUUAAUAUUCUCUUCCAUCUCCCUCCCAAGUCCCAACUCCUCCCCUUCGUCUCCAGUUCCGGCUUCUUCAGUCCUUCCUCGCGUCGCCGAUUCCGGCCGCUCCUCCCACGCCUCCGAUCACGAACUCGGCCCCGUCAAUGGUCGCCGGCGGCUGGCGUAGACCCUCGACGGACUCGUGAGAAGAUCGCCUCUUCGUCCUCGCCAUGGGUCCGGCACCCGGCGACUCGAAGCGGUUCUCCGGCGUGGUGCCGCCGGCGGCGCUCGUCUUCCUCGCCCUGGUGUUCGUCGCCGGCGCCAUCGUCACGCUCCAUCACAAGGAGAACCUGUCGAUACUGCAGGUGCAGCCACGAGAGCUGGCCGCUAACGAGGAGUCGUCGUUCAGGCCCGUGCCUCCGGCGAGCGAUCUGCACGUCGCCGGCGACGUGGCCGAGACGCCAUCGGUGGAACAAGCGACACCGCCGGUGGAGCAGGGGGCGGCGCCGGUGGAAGAAGCCCCUGACAUCUGCGAGAACCAGUGCAGGCCUCCGGGCAGCGAGGCGCUGCCGAGGGGCAUCGUGCAGGACAAAUCCAACUUCGAGUUCGAGUCGCUGGGCGGCAACCCUGGGCGGAAGGGGGUCGCCGCCGGCCGGCCGGCGAAGAGCCUCCUGGCGAUCCCCGUCGGCAUCAAGCAGAAGGCCGUCGUCGACAAGCUCGUCUCCAAGUUCCCGGCGGCGAACUUCGCGGUGAUGCUGUUCCACUACGACGGUGCGGUGGACGGGUGGAGCGACCUGCCGUGGUCGCGGCGCGCGGUGCACGUGGCGGCGGUGGACCAGACCAAGUGGUGGUUCGGCAAGCGGUUCCUGCACCCGGACCUCGUCGCCGAGUACGACUACAUCUUCCUCUGGGACGAGGACAUCGAGGUGGACGGCUUCGACCCCAUGAGGUACCUCCACAUCGUCAGGAAGGAGGGGCUGGAGAUCUCGCAGCCGGCGCUGGACCACCGGUCGCAGAUCCACCACCGGCUCACGGCCCGCGCGCGGCGGGGAGGGACGGUGCACCGUCGGUUCUACAAGACGGCGGGGGGCGGGAGGUGCUACGGCAACAGCACGGGGCCGCCGUGCACGGGGUGGGUGGAGAUGAUGGUGCCGGUGUUCUCGCGGGCGGCGUGGCGGUGCGCGUGGCGGAUGAUCCAGAACGACCUCGUCUUUGCCUGGGGGCUCGACUUCAAGCUCGGGUACUGCGCGCAGGGCGACCGGAGCACCAACGUCGGCAUCGUCGACAGCGAGUACGUGCUCCACCGCGGCAUCCCCACGCUCGGCGACGGUGGCGGAAAGGGGACGCCGCCGAAGGCAAAGGCGUCGUCGGCGACGUCGGCGGACAGGUACGCAGUUCGGCUGCGAUCGUAUAAGGAGCUGCAGAUAUUCAACAAGAGGUGGCAGCAGGCGGUGGCGGAGGACAUGUGCUGGACGGACCCUUAUCCGCAGCCGCCGACGGCGACGCCCAAGGGAUGACCGACCUUGACCGGCGACGGCUCGUCGCCGGCCAUGGCCGUUGCGUUUGCGUAGAUGACAUAGAAGAUACAAGACGGACCCUUAUCCGCAGCCGCCGACGGCGACGCCCAAGGGAUGACCGACCUUGACCGGCGACGGCUCGUCGCCGGCCAUGGCCGUUGCGUUUGCGUAGAUGACAUAGAAGAUACAACAAAAUUUAUAUACAGGUCUAGAGAGCUUCAGAUAACAUGUCAUGUACAGAUCUCUUUCUCCCCGGGCAAUAAGAUGAGUAGGUUCAAAGACGAUGUAAUUAUCAUAAUUUUCAGUAAAAAGGUGAAUUAAUGAA